AUCCUCAAAUAAUCUUUAAAAUAUGUCCAACUCUUCUAUGCAGUCUAAAGAUCAUUCGUUAGACACAGAUAAUGAUCCAGUUCAUCAAAUUCAAACCGCUGGUGCCGGUAAUGAAUUUGUUAUUAUUGGAAACAAGAAAUACUAUAGACACGAAUUGAUGGAAGCUUUCGGUGGUUCUUUAAACCCAGGUUUAGCACCUCCACCAGUACAUAAAUUUGCCAAUCCUGCCCCAUUAGGGUUGUGUGCUUUCGGUUUAACUACUUUUGUCUUGAGUAUGGUGAACGCACAAGCCAUGGGUAUUAAAAUCCCUCAUGCCGUGUUGGGGUUGGCUGCCUUCUAUGGUGGUGCCGUCCAAUUCCUUGCUGGUAUCUGGGAAAUGGUUGUUGGUAACACUUUUGGUGCUACUGCUUUGACUUCAUAUGGUGCUUUUUGGUUGUCCUAUGCUGCUAUUUUAAUUCCUUCCUUCGGUGUUGGUGCUGCUUAUGAAGAAGAACCUGAAAUGAAGGCUGAUGCAGUUUCAUUCUUCUUACUUGGUUGGACCAUCUUUACAUUCAUGAUGACUUUGUUGACUCUUAAGUCCACUGUGUUCUUCUGUGCCUUGUUCUCGUGUUUGUUUAUAACUUUCCUUUUGUUAUGUAUUGGUGACUUCACAAGAACUGUUGGUAUAACUAGAGCUGGUGGUUGUGUUGGUGUUGUUACAGCAAUUUUAGGUUUCUAUAACGCUUUUGCUGGUACUGCAACUCCACAAAACUCUUACUUUGGUGCUAAAGUUAUCCACUUGACAAAGAACUAAUGAUUAAUCUAUUUUUUAUUCAUUUCACAAUAACUUUUUUUUAGAUAUUUGGGGACCGGUAUUUAUUAUUACUACUUCUACUUUGUUUUCUUCUUUUAUUAUUAUUUUAUUACUACUACUAUUACUACUACAACAACUACUAUUUAAUACACAGAUUUAACACGUCU